AUGACAUGUUUCAGUUUGGUGUGGCAGCUUGUUAUUAGCAGUACAAUUGGCUACGGAUGCAUUGUUGAAAUGUACCAGACGGUCAAUUAUCGCAGGCCAGAAGCUGCUCCUUUGCUGGUCAAAGUGACCAUGCGCAAAAAGGACAUGCUGCUGUUGCUUUAUUUAUUACCGCCCAGGCAAGUGUUGGCAAUGAGACAGUUCACGCAAAAGCAAAAGCCGUUGAUGGAUUUGACACAAGCUUGCGCUGGCAUUGGAACUGGCACGGAUGCUGUUGGUGCUGCUGGCACUGGUACCGAGAGCCUCAGCAGGGAUUUCGGUGUUUCAGGGACGAGUUUAAACGGUAGAACUGGUGGCCUGAGCAGUUCCAGGGAUGCUAAAGCAUUCGGCGCCGGUGGCGGUGGCCUCAGCUGA